AUCGAAAAAGUACGAUUUAAGAAUGAACAUGUUCUCCUGAUAAUCAAGUCCUGAGUUAAAAUCUAAAAUCGCGGGAGGACCCCAUCAAAUCUUCCGCCUCUGAGGUGUAUUCCAACCCCCGGUGUUACACUUUCCCCAAAAAUGCUUAUCGAUGGUCCUCCUUAAAACAUCAUGAAAGAAGUGAACGUUUUUGUAAAAAAUCUAGGGGGGGGGGGGGAAUCCUCCAGCACAAUGGAACAACUAUCUCACAUUUAUGGUAAUUUUCGCGGAAUGACCAUCAAAUCAUCCUCUGCUGGGGGGUAUUCGCGUAUUCCACACCUCCCGGUGCUACGCUUUCCCCAAAAAUGCGAUAGCCCUCUUUAAAAAAUGUCAUGAUAGAAAUGAAACUGAGAAAAAGCAUCAAUUGCAUUAACAAGACCUGACGUAUGCAGUACGAAUCUAUCCUUUUCAGUAUGACCAUGUUCUCCUGAUAAUCAAUUUCAUCUAAACCUCCACUGCAUCGAGAAAAAGGAAAUAAAUGAUUGAGGAAGACCACGUAUUAUGUUCCCGUACACAUUUUCUUUUCUAAAUAAAUCAGGAUCGCAGAAACCCCAAGAAAAUAUAAACAGACGAUAAUUUAUUGACAAACUCCUCGAUUAUUAAUUCUGUUCUAAUUAAUUUUUUGAGAAUAUUAGGAUGACAGGAACUCAAAAAAUGGAAUAAUCCUCCUCUAAUACCGAUUUGUUCUCUUUAGAAAGAACUUAUUAGGAUCACAGAAACAUAAGUUUAUUUAAGGUGUAAAUGAUGGAACGUAUGUAUGGCGAAUCGUUUGAUAUCAAAUUCUUUAUUAAUAAUCAUAUCAGACAACUGAUGUAUUACGAAUUUCUGGGUAGUCCCUUCUAAAUAAUCAUGCCAUGAUCUCCGGCGUGUUCUUUAAAAAAUUGUGCUAGAAUCGCAGGUACGCCAGGAGGUGGAAAUAUGAAUUAAUUCGACAAACGUACGUUACGUUUUGGUUCUUACACAGGUAUUAGGAUUACAGGUCGUUCACGCUUUCUCCACUCUUGUGAUAAUUAACUAAUUGACGUAUCAGGAUCACAGACCAGUAUAAAAUAAGUCGCCUAUACAACAGUCACAGUUACAAUUGUCGUACGGCUAACCACCGUUCACUCUAAAAUUUGGCGCCGUUGCUUGGCAACCGACUGUUUGUAUUCCACCCUAAUCAACCUGUCCAAAAUGCUUGAAAUGGAAGAGGAGGACUUACAGUUGCUCUUCAGAAAGCCCAGCAAUGGCCCGAUUUCCAAGGAGGAAUCCUUCCGGCGGAUGCUCGCGACGGCCGACGCGUCGCGCAAGCCAGGUUUACGUUUGGGAACGGGGAUGCGACUCGGAACGAGUAUGCGACUGGGCACCUCCAUGCGUUUGGGCACACCGCAGGCCAUAGGAACGUCUUCUGGGUUUCACAGACUCGGAACGGGAAUGAUGCCCUUAACGGCGUACCGUCCGAUCACCGGCUUCCGUCCGAACACCGGCAGCGACGUCAACCGACCAAUGACCGCCGUACGCGGCGCCGGUUACUCGUCACAGAACAAAGUGUUCGACCCCUUAAAUCAGGGGUACUCGUACAGUUUGGAACUGCCGAGGGACGAGUCACCGGAAGAGAAGGUGCGCGUGCAAGAACGAAAAAUAAUGCAACUGGUGGAGGAGUCGUGCAACGCGCACAACGAGGGCAACUACCGACAGGCGCUCGACAGGGCGAAGGAGGCGUCGAAUAAGGAACGCAACUUGAUCCGCAUGCAGGAGCAGGCGGGCCUGGGUGACAGUCACAACAUGGACCUCACCUACACCGUCCUCUUCACCUUAGCCAACCAGUACGCCUGCAACGAGCUUUACACCGAAGCGCUCAACACCUAUCAGCUCAUUAUCAAGAACCGAAUGUUCUCCAACGCUCACCGUCUCAAAAUAAACAUGGGCAACAUCUACUACAAGCAGGGGCAGUACCAGCAGGCGAUCAAAAUGUAUCGCAUGGCGUUGGACCAGGUGCCGUCAAGCCAGAAGAAUCUGAGAAUCAAGAUCAUGCACAACAUCGGGAUGGUUUUCGUGCGCAUGGGACAGUGGGACGAGGCCGUCGCCAGCUUGGAGUACAUCAUGAACGAGCAGGCCAGCCACCGCGCCGGCUUGCACCUGAUACUGUGCUGCGUCGCGCUCGAAGACGUGGACAGGAUGAAAAAUGCCUUCAAUCUCCUCCUUUCAGUUCCGUUGGACUUGGAGGACGAGGAGAAGUACAACCACGUGCAGGAAGAUCCAAACGAUCGCCUGCUGGCCGGAGCUAUCCGAAAUGACGAUCUGCACGCGUACGAGAAGAAGACGAGGGCCGAUGCGGAAUUUUGCGUUUUGACCGCCGCUAAACUAAUCGCCCCGCUUAUCGAGAAUAGCUUCAGUGAAGGUACAGUUCCCUUUCCGAGUUCCCCCACCCUUAAUCUUUCCGAUCCUUUACGAAUCUUCUCGAAUUCUUUCCGAGCUCGUUCGUGUGCGGAUUCUGGGGCUGCGCCGCCUUCCCUCACUUCUCUCUUUACAGGCUACGACUGGUGCGUUUCGGUCGUGAAAAAUUCCGAAUACGCCCGACUAGCCGGCGACUUGGAGAUCAACAAGGCGGUGAUGUUCCUGAAGCAGAGACAGGUCGGCGACGCGAUCGACACCCUCAAGGCCUUCGGGAACGAGUCGAACAUCGGCAGCAACGCCGCCAUCAACCUCAGCUUCAUCUAUUUCCAGCAGAAGGACUACGAGAACGCGGAAAAGUACGGGCAAAUAGUGAAGAGCGUCGAUAACUACAACGCGGCCGGUUUCGUCAAUCUGGGCGCGUGCUACAUGGUGAAGAGCGAGCUGGAGCAGGCGAAAAGCUACUUUAUGAGCGCGCUCGAUUUGGAUCCGUCGUGCUUCGAGGCGCUCUACAACUUGGGGUUGGUGAUGAAGCAACAGGGCCACUACGACGACGCUCUCGAGUGCUUUCAGAAGUUUUCGGGUUCGCUCUCGCUACUGCCGGAGAUCGUUUACCAGACGGCUUGCAUUUUUGAGGGGCUUGGCGAUUUCGAGGCGGCAUCGGAGGCGUACCAGCAACUGCUCGGCUUGUUACCGACGGAUUCGAGUAUUUUACAAAAACUGGGCGAGCUGCACGACCACGAGGGCGACAAACAGCAGGCGCAUCACUAUCAUCUCGAGUCGUUCCGCUACAAUCCCUCGAACCUGUCGGUGAUCGAGUGGCUCGGCUCGUACUACAUCGAAAUGCAGGUCGUCGAGAAGGCCCUGAUUUACUUCGAGAAAGCGAAGCUAAUGCAGCCGAACGAGGCGAAGUGGCACAUGAUGGUUGCCGGCUGCCAUCGACGGACCGGUAACUUGCACAAGGCGCUGAAACUCUACCAGGAUAUCCACAAGCGGUUCCCGGACAACACCGAGUGCCUUAAAUUUUUAAUCAGGCUCUGCAACGACCUGGGGCUGCGAGAGUCGCAGGACUACAUUUUGGAGCUGAAGAAGCUCGAAAAGUCGAAGGAGGUCAGAGAUCGGGUCGGCAGCAGUCGUCCGGGUUCGCGCAGGACGAACAGCGGGCUUUCGUCACGGGCCGGUUCGGGAUUCAGUCCGGUUCCCGAACACGUUCGUUUGGCCACACCGUUCGAGUCGGGCAACAGAAGCGGCAGCUUCCGAUCGUCGCGUUUGUCUCAACUCCACAACAGCGCCGGAAGUGCGGAUUCGGGUUUCGUACAGCCCGUCGACGCAAGUUACAGCGAUCCUUUGGGCCCGCUUCCGGUGAGGCCCCGUACGGGAGCAGGCAAACCAAUUGAUUUUGAGGACUUCGGUGAUGAGCAACUCGGUGAUGACUUGUUACCACAGUGAAUGUUAGUUUAAUUCGUUUUAAGGCACAUUCUGAUCACUUAGGUAAAAUAAAGACACAAAAUCAAGUUUUUUUCUUCUUCUAAAUAUUCUCGCGAACUUUCUCGAACGUUUAACAAUCAAGAUUUUUCAUAAUCUUGCCGUGUUCUUCCCGAAUUUGUGUAUUAUUUCCAUGUGG